AUGACCUCUGAUGAAACGCUCUACACCUGCAAGAUCACGUUCAUAAAAGCCACCAGCGUCCCAGUCGCCGACUUCAACGACCUGUCCUGCGACCCGUACCUCCAGGCGACGCUCACCGCCGAGAAGGGUCUGGAACAGCCCGAUGGCAUCCCCCAGAUGCUCACCUACCGCACCCAGACGUGCCGGCGGACGCUGGACCCAGAGUUCAAUGCGCACUGGGUCGUGUCCGGCAUCCCCCAAUCGGGCUUCCUGCUCUCCGUGCGGCUACGCGACGAGGAUCCGGGGAACUACGACGACGACCUCGGCAAGACCGUCUUGCGCAUGCCGAAUGCGGGCGAGGGCGUGCUCGCAGAGGGCUGGCGGUCGGGCGACAGGGAAUACAAGGUGCACAAGCGCAGAGGGAGCAUCAUGAGCAAGCUAUUUACGUGCACGGCGAAUGUCCUAACAAGAGGAGACGUCGGGCACCGGGUGCGGUUGUGGGUGCGCUGCGAGGUCAUGGGCAAAGCGGAGGACCAGAAGGACCGGCGCAUGUACACUGUUGGGCCCCAUGAUAAUGAGGACCCGCAGGGCGAGGAGAAGGACCGAGCGCAAGACGGAGAAGGCGCGAAGAACAAGGACAGCGCGGACGGAAGAGACGAGAAGAUCAGCAGCGAUUCCAUCGCCAUGGCUCGUCAGUUCCUCCGCAUGACAUCGUAUGGGACGUAUGGCCGUAUAUUCACGUACGUCAUCAUGCUGGACGGCGAGUGGCGGUUUACUGAAACCGGAGACCAGAUGGCCAUCGAGUUCCUCAGCAAGCACACGAUGCACUCAGACGUCACCAUCGAGAUCGCAUACAGCGGCGAAUUCUUCGUGCGCCCCCUGCGGUAUCACCGCACCGCCGCCAAGGAUCCGUCGCCUGGCGCGCCCGAGCCCGCGGAGAACACGCAUACCGACGACCGGGACCACAAUAACGACCAAGAUCACGGCCAAGAUCACGACCACGGCCGCACCCACGACGUGCACGAACAGGCCGAAGACGAGCACUUCAACGAGGCGGACCCGCCGGACGACCCGGCGCUGUACGAGCUCGUGAUCGACAACGACUCGGGGACGUACCGGCCGCGCGCGGACCUGCUGCCGGUGCUGCACGCGUACCUCGCGUCGCCGCGCAACCUCGGCGCGCUCGGGCGCGUCACGACGCUGAACGCGUUCGACGAGCGCCUGAAGCGCUGGAAGGAGGCGCGCAAGAAGGCCAAGGCGCAGAAGGGCGAGAGGCUCGUGCGCGCGGACAGUGCGGGCAGCGCGAGCAGUGCGGGGAGCAGCGUGAGUGGCGUGAGUGGGGCGGAGGGUGUCACGACGGGGGACAUGAGGGCUGUGGUCGAGGAGGAUGCGAAGCGCGCGAGGGAGAACCAGGAUCAGGACGCGGAGGCGAAGAGGGAGGAGGGGCAGGCUGAUGCUGAGGGUGGCGAGGGUGGCGAGUCCUCGGGCCAGUAAAUUA